CUGUCGCCAUGAGCAAGGCCUACACGCACUCUGCCCGCCGACUCUCUGACCCACUGUACAGGCACCACCACCAAAACCAUGGCAGCAAUCUCACUCACACACAUGUCCGUCUCUUUGUCAAAUCACUCACACCACCGAAGAGCAACCAUUCUUCACUCCCAGCCUCCCUGCUGGCCGUCAGCCUUCGGCAUCGACUGGCUCCCGUCAGACCCUGCUGACGUCUUCUGGUGCGUGCCCUGGCCCUUGAUAAAGGGCAGCUGGUCCUUGAUGCGCUCGAUGAGGACCUUCUUGGUGCCUGUCACCUGACCGACAGACACAGCAGCACAGCAGAAGAAGUGUGGUGCAUCGAUACCCUCCCUGUCUGUAAGCUGCGUGGAUGGACGGAUGGAUGGAUGGAUGUGUGGGUCACCUGGAGGUGCUGAGCACGCGCGAACGCCUUCAGAGCGCCAGCCUGCAGCCCUAUGAUGCUGCCGUCCGCAAUCAUCUCCUGCACACACACACACACACACACGUGUCAAUGAAUGUACACACAGCGUGAAUCGUCGCCUCUGUGCUGACUGACUGACCUCCAUUGCGGCCAUGCUUGGGGGUGGGGGGGGCGGCUGAGACUCCUCCCUUUUGCGCUUCUCGCCGGCGACCUUGGCCUUGGCCUUGCCUUUGGCCUUUGGCGCCGCCCUCCUCUUGCGGCGCCCGCUGUCGGCUCCCAGCAGCACGGCGCGGACCUCCAGGGCACGGUCGAGGGCCUUGACGAGCCUCGCGUAGGUCAGGGGGGUGACCAUCGUCACUUCACGAAAGAAGACCUCCUCGCUGUAUCUGUCCUGGGCAGGGAAGACGAAGAUAAGGCAGUCGCGGUCCGGCUGCUUGUUCUCGCUGCUGGCAGCUCCGUCAGCGGUGUUGUCGUCGCCGCCGUCGUCAGCGGACUUGGACUUGGGUGUGGUGGGAAGCGGCCCCGUCCACUUGAGCUUGAAGCCCAGCUGCUUGGCGUCCCACCCCAGCCUCACAGAACCCCCCCUGGUGGUGCUGCCGUGGUUGGUGCCGAGGAGCGCCUUGAUCAUUUUCUUGGCCACCUCGACGGCGUGCUCCUCCGAAAUAGUGCAGUCCGGUAGCUCAUCCUCCGACACCCGGUGGGCCUCCGCCACGUCCAUGUCUAUGCUGGCAUCAGCUCCCACGGCCUCCAUGACCUGGUCGAUGCGGUCGCGGAGGUCUCUCGCUUCCUUGAGCUUCUCCACCACGCCACACACCACCUGAUCAAUCGUAGCAACACCAGCGCACCAUCACUCAGACAGAGAGAGAGGGGGCAGGUCGGUUUUGCCCACCAGAAGGCCUUGCUUGUUGAGCAUCAACACGCAGGACUGCGACGCUUCACGCAAGAGCACGACACGCUCCGGCUUGCUUCGCGGUUUCCUCUUCUUGGGGGCAUCCGCAGCAGCAGGCUCCGCCGGUGGCUCUUCCUUGGGGUGGGAAGGCUCGAUCUCCAUCGCCAACAACGCGGCAGAGACAACUAGAUAGACGGCCGCGGACGCAGCACACGCAAGAUCCAGGCUCCUCGCUGUCUGCUGAAUACUUGAGCUCCCGGCAACGGUUUUACGCAU